CGGGAACCUCUCUAUUCUCUCAAUCGACAAACUUGACUUAAGGAUUCCAAACGUCGUCGCAUGACUUGUAACUCUGCACCAUUGCUAAUCUAACAUCUCAUUCUCCAAAAACUCAGGAACUCGAACUAUCUUCCACAACUCACGAAAAUGUUUCUCUUAAAGACAUGGAGAUCAACCGCUUUUGGGGUUUAUGGCUACAUGAAUUUCACCAAGAGUGGUUUCUUAGAUCAUUCAAAGAAGUUUAAACCUGAAGAUAUGCAGUUACAAAUUGAAGGAAAGAAUUGUGUAGUUACUGGAGCUAAUUCAGGUAUUGGUUUUGCUGCUGCAGAGGGUCUUGCUUCACGUGGAGCAACUGUUUACAUGGUGUGCCGGAACAAGGAAAGAGGACAAGAGGCUCUUUCUAAGAUUCAAACCUCAACAGGAAACCAAAAUGUGUACUUGGAAGUAUGUGAUUUGUCUUCCGUUAAUGAAAUCAAAUCAUUUGCUUCGAGUUUCGCUUCCAAGGAUGUUCCGGUUCAUGUGCUGGUUAAUAAUGCUGGUUUGCUUGAGAACAAACGUACUACUACACCUGAAGGAUUCGAGUUAAGUUUUGCGGUGAAUGUACUUGGGACAUACACAAUGACAGAGUUGAUGCUUCCAUUGUUGGAGAAAGCAACACCAGACGCCAAAGUCAUUACAGUUGCCUCUGGUGGAAUGUACACUUCGCCGCUUACUACAGAUCUUCAGUUUAGUGGUGAAAAAUUUGAUGGAGUGGAACAAUACGCACGGAACAAAAGAAUCCAGGUGGCUCUGACAGAAAAAUGGGCUGAUAAGUACAAAAAUAAAGGCAUAGGGUUCUACUCAAUGCACCCUGGCUGGGCUGAGACACCAGGUGUUGCCAAGAGUUUACCGAGUUUCAGUGAAUCGUUCGCGGGUAAGCUUAGAACAAGCGAACAAGGAGCCGAUACAAUCGUUUGGUUAGCACUGCAGCCAAAAGAGAAGCUUGUCUCUGGUGCAUUCUAUUUCGAUAGAGCUGAAGCACCAAAACAUCUAAAGCUUGCAGGUACAAGCAAGUCUCAUGACCUUAUUGACUCAGUCAUUGAUUCUGUGCAUUCCAUGGCAGCUCUUAAUCCUUAAAUGUCCAUCUUCGACAUAGUUUUUUUCUUGAAAAUAAAAUGUGAUUGCACGUAACAGUAUUAGUCUUUUCUCAUUAUUGUGGAAAUAUUAUAGUAUGGAAUAUUUAUAUCUUUUAC